AUGGCUGCCGAACGUUUGGAUGUUAUUAUUUUUGGCGCAUCGGGAUUUACCGGUAAAUAUACAGUAUUUGAAGCUGUUUCCGUGUUGGCCGAUUUAAAAUGGGGUAUUGCUGGCCGUAAUCGCAAGAAACUGGAAGCCGUCCUCGAAGAUAUGGGAACCAAGGCAAAUAAAAAUCUCAAGAACACACCCAUUAUAAUUGCCGAUAUUGACGAUCAAAGUUCACUGUUGGAAAUGGCCAAACGUUGUCGAGUUUUGGUAAAUUGCUGCGGACCCUAUCGGUUCUAUGGUGAACCCGUUGUACGCGCCUGCAUUGAGGCUGGUACUCAUCAUGUGGAUGUAAGCGGCGAACCUCAGUAUAUGGAAACAAUGCAAUUGAAAUACCACAGAGAAGCCCAGGAGCGCAACGUGUAUGUUGUAUCGGCAUGUGGCUUUGAUUCCAUACCUGCCGAUAUGGGAAUUGUAUUUAUUGAAAAGAACUUCGAUGGUAUUGUCAAUUCGGUGGAAACCUACUUGCAAAGUUAUACAAAGGGUGGUUCUAACAGUGGUGGUGGCGCUGGCAUUCACUUUGGAACAUGGGAAAGUGCUGUCUACGGUCUGGCUCAUGCCAACGAAUUGCGUGGAAUCCGACAAAAAUUAUAUUCUGAAAAAAUGCCACGCUUCGAACCUGUGCUCAAGCAUCGUCCGUUAAUUUUCCGUUCGGAAAUUGUAAAUGGUGUAUGUCUACCAUUCCCGGGUUCUGAUCGCUCGGUUGUUAUGCGUUCGCAACGUUUCAUAUAUGAACAAGAGAAGAAGAGACCAGUUCAGAUGCAUGCAUACGUUGCAUUCGGAUCAUAUGUUACAGCAUGUUUAGUGGCCCUGGCGGCUGUGUCUUUUGGCCUAUUGGCAAAAUUCUCAUUAGGGCGCCGUCUCCUAUUGAAAUAUCCAAGACUGUUUUCUUUCGGGUUUGUGUCGCACGAAGGUCCAUCUGAAGCUGCCAUGGAACGAACUUAUUUUGCAAUGACAAUGAAAGCAUUAGGUUGGCCCAAAACCGAUAACAACAAUCCUCCAAGUGGCGCACCAACAAAAUCGUUGAUGGUUAGAGUGUCGGGUCCAAAUCCAGGCUAUGGUGCCACAUGUGUUGCCUUACUGUCUACAGCCAAAACAAUUUUGAAGGAAAACGAUAAAAUGCCUGGCACAGGUGGAGUUUUACCACCCGGCGCUGCUUUUGCCAAAACCAGUUUGAUAAGUGAAUUGGAGAAGCAUGACCAUGGCAUGAAAUUUGAAAUAUUGGCAAACAAGUGAAUUACAAAAAAAAUUAUUUUUU